CAAAAAGGAAAUACAAAAAGAAGAAGGAAAAAAUGAAAGGAGUAGAAAAAAAUCAAAAUGAAAAAGAGAAUCUCAACAAUAAUAUACUUUCAAAGAAAAGACAUCAAGCAAUUAAUAUUGAAACAGAAUUGACUACAGAUGUUGAACAAUACCAAGAAGCAGAUAUGAACUACUUUGCAAAAAUAAGAACAGAAGUUGAAAAAGAAAAGGUCAAUGAAAACGUACCAUUAGAACCAACAGAAA